GAUCCUCAGAAGUGGGGAGGAGCCUCAUAGCCUAGUGGCUUUGAGAUCCCAGGGUGAACCCUGGAAUGGAUUUUUGAUGAAGCAGCGUGGCUUUAAACAAAAUAAAAUUCCUGGCUCUUCACCGCUGUCCUUCGAAUGAGACUCACAACCGAGGUUCCUGGUGUCUGGUGUCUAUGCCAGGGCAGGUGUUCAACUAAAUCUAGUUCCUAUUUCUAACGCCAGGCGACACCAAUAGUCAGUCAUAAUGCCCGAUACAUGCAUGCAUGCUUGCGUGUUUAUUUGUAUACAAUUGGUGUGUGUAUGAUGUUUCAUGAUAUCUGCGUAGUAAUUUAGGCUAUGUGUAAGUAGUCUUGUAGGCCUGCCCAGGCCAUUCUGCACUCAGUGACCCCUGAUGACGUCAUCGCCCUGAGGGUGCACUCUUAUCUCUUAUGACGUAAUCAAUGACGCAACCCAAAGUGGAAUUCCCCAACCCCGUGACGUCAUCAAUGACCUCACGACUUCGAGGCAUGCCUGGGCAUGAUUUGAAUAGCACUAUUGUUUAAAGAUAGGUGCAUUGUUUAACCGAGUGACGUGGUAAUGAUGAUGACAUCACCGUGGAUGUGUUUGGGCAAGUAAAUGGAUGUUGAAAUAGUGUAAUAGUGCAUGUGUAUAACAUGAGUUGUGUUACUUGGUAUCAUUUGAAGACUUCAAGGCACGUCUGGGCAUGAUUUGAAUAGCGCUAUUGUUUAAAGAUAGGUUCAUUGUUUGACCGACGUGAUAAUGAUGAUGACAUCAUCGUGGAUGUGUUUGGGCAAGUAAAUGGUCCCACCUAAAUCAUGGGUUAUCCCUUUUAAUAAUUUUAACCAGUGGACUAUUUAUUGCAUUACACUUAAAAAAGCUUAACAAUAGAAUAUGUACUCUACCGUCUCUGAUGUUAGCCUGGCAACAGCGCUAUCACGCUUAUGGGGUGAUUAAAUAUUAUAACAUUAUCUAAGAUUUCCUGAGUAAGUUUCUGGAUAUGAUGUGCAAUAUGCUGUAACGUGUUUAAACAUGUUCGCAGACGCCGCUAUUACCGCGCGAAUUUGGAAAAAAAUUCAUUUUCACAUCGUCAUUCAUUUAAGCUGGAUCUCUGUGUUUGUGUGUGAGAAUAAUUUGUUUCAAAUUUCCCCUUUUUACAAUUCAUAAUUCUCGAAUUUCACAGAGUAUUUCAACAGCCCAAGUUUCAAGAAUGGAAGGUAGGUGUUUGAAUCUUAAAAUUAUAAAUUUCUUCUAACCAGUCCCAUUAUCAGGCGGCCCCUCUGUUUCUUAUAUUUUUCAUUUUAUAUUAUGCCGCCAAUUUCUCGAUUUUAUUCAAAUCCGAUCAUCAAUUAAAGGUCUACAGCUUCAUACCGAGUGAAGCACAUGUUCAAAUGCUUUAUUUUUCAUGCAUGCAUCAGCCAAUCUGAAGGACCCAUUUUAACUUUAUUACCGGUCUGCACCCCAGAAAUGGUAUUGUUAAUUUGGUUGUUUCAUAAAAGCUAAUUGAACUUGGCAAUGUUUCUAGGUAAUAUGGAUUCAUUUUUCAACAAUCUGUCCGAGUCCCAAGAUAUGGCCCUGCAGCAAAUGAUGGAUCAGAGACCGUCAGGGUCUAAUCCCGAUGAAUUUAUCACGCUACAGCCGACUGUCACUAUGCGAGAUUGGCGGGCCGUCCUCAUCUUUCUGUACAAGGAAUUUGAGGCGGGUCGGCUUUCCAAGCCUAAGCAGUUCGAGACGAGGUCCGAAUUGCAUCAGGCAAUCCGUGAUUUUGAUGUGGUGGCUGAAUACAGAAGGCGGAUUGACCUGCCCGUCUGUCUGCAUCGCCUGAACCCGCUUGGGCGGAAUGAACGAGUGCGGUAUUUGUACGACAUUUACCGGGAUAUUAUUUCAUGUAGUGGUGAGGACGCUGAUGAAUUCAACAUCUCCAUUACAUUUUUGCAAGACGAGCUUCACGCUGAGAUUUUGGCUAGUCAGGCAGCUGAGGCUAAGAAGAAGGAGAAGGUUGCCCCUGCCCAGCCUGAAAAAAAGAGGCGGAAGGGCCAGCAGGCUAAGAAGAAGAAGGAGAAGGUCGCCGCUGCCCAGCCUGAAAAAAAGAGGCGGACAGGGCAGCAUCCCCACUCGGCUCCAGCACCGGAGUCCGAAGUACCGACUUGCGACAACGGGGUAGUUGAAUCCCCAACGCGUGGGCUGCCUAUGCCUGAGAAUGAGUGGCGGAGUGUGCUUCUCACCUUACACGGUGACUGGGACGGCGCCUCGGUUAGCCUCACCGCAGAGCUACAUCGGGCCAUUCUCGAAUUCAAUACACAGGCGGCAAUGCCCAUAAAUGUCGAUGUGAGUAUGGCUACCCAGAGUACGCUCCCUCCGGCUACAAGGCAGGAAUUGAUACUCCAUUUGGCGAGAGCUCGAGCCAGGCAAGAAAAAGUUGCAACUGGUAAACCUCAAGCCCCUGGUCAGUCAAGUGGGCCAUCUGUCAUGCACGGCGGUAAUGACCCCCGACCUGUAGGCCACUCUCAGGCAGGACCUUCAACACGGCAACAGCAGUCUGAUGCGGUGGCUGUCAACUUACCUCUAUUUACAAUUGUUAGUGAGAGGCGCCGUCGUAUCCCUAAAUUCACUCUGGAGGGCGUAGAUCUGACCGUGAGGGUCCACCCGCCUCCCAUUCAAGAAGAACUCCAGUUGACUCUGAGGCACCUGAGAGCAAUCUUUAGCCAACUGUUGGAAUCGCAAACCAGUCACAUGGAGCCGCAUCAUCGAAUUCGGUUAACCCUGAACCACCCAACUUUGGGUAAUGAAAUAUGGCUCCCUUUUAUGAGAGUAGAUAAAUUGACGGUUGACGUCAUUAUGGACGAAGUGGAGAAAGUUCUCCAAGCCCAUCAGGGGUUCACCUUCGACCAUAAUAUAGUCAUACAUUUGAUACAUGUUAACACCAGAUUACAUUCUUCUGGAUUUUCUUCAUAAUGUAAGAUUGUAAAACCUAGGGGUCCUAUUUUUCCAGCAUGGCGGUGGUGACCCCCAACCAGUGGACCAGCCAGGACCUUCGUCAACGCCUCCUAGGCAGCCUGAUGGGAGGGUAUUACCUCUAUUUACCAUUGUCAGCGAGAGGCGGCGCCGUGUGCCUAAAUUUUUUAUGCAAGGCAUGGACCUCACUGUGAGGGUUAACCCACCGCCGAUUCAAGAAGAUUUUCGGCAAACUCUUAGUCAUCUAAGAACCAUGUUUGCGCAACUGCUUGAAUCCCAAACCAGGCACAUGGAGCCGCAUCAUCAAAUUCGGUUAACCCUAAAUCACCCCACUUUGGGUAACGAAAUUUGGAUACCUUUUAUGAGGGUGGACGAAUUGACGGUUGACGUCAUUAUGGACGAGGUGGAGAAAGUUCUCCAGUCCCAUCAGGAAUUCACCUUCGACCAUAAUAUUGUCAUACAUUUGAUACAUGUGGCCGUCCCCCAUGGCGCUGGCUGGUCUGACAGAUCAAUAAUGAAUUUCAAUGAAAUGUUGAACUAUCCAGGAUGUGUCAUACGUAUCGAAAAUAAAGAUUCGUUAUGUUUUGCCAGGGCACUCACCACCGCCAUGGGGUAUGUAGAUGAUCUAAAAGAAACAGAUCUGGUGAAGUGGAUAAUCUUGGGCAGGGUUGCGGGUGCCAAUUUUUAGGGGCCCAAUACCUGCACCGGCUGGCCAAAGUGCCGAACACUGGCCAAAAUUUCAAGCUGUUUGCCAGAUCAUCAGCUGGUUAUUAUUUCAAAAGAUUACUUUUAUGGCGUCGUAUACAAAGGCCCCCCUGCUGAAAAAUGUGUGUAUCUAUUACACCAAGACACUCAUUAUUCAGUUGUCACAAAGAUGAGUGCAUUCCUCAAUCGGAGUUAUUACUGCACAAAGUGUGACCGGGGGUAUAGCAAUAGAGUCCGUCAUCGUUGUAUUGAGAACUGUUCCUCCUGUCUUAGAGAGGAUUGUAAAUUUGAAGCUUGGGUUAGCUGUGCUGCAUGUAACCGUAUCUUCCCUAGUCAAGGGUGUUUUGACUUCCACACGACGCCGACCCCUGUGCAAGAAGUUGUUGGGGCCGGUAAAAAAAUUAAGAUAGGUGGUGUAUCGCCUUGCGAUGACUUAAAGAAAUGCAAGUGUGGUAAGGUUAUUAAACGGUUAAACAUUGACAAUCCCCACAUUUGCGGGCAAAAAUGGUGCAAGCUCUGCGAGCGCAUGACCGAGCCGGGGCAUAGGUGUUAUAUGCAGCCAGCGAAUGGUGCUGAUCUGUCGGUUGAGCAAAGGCUUAUUAUUUUGCUUGAAAAGCGGCUUAGGGAUGGUACAUGGUGAUGAUGUCAAAGAUAUUCAUCACCAACUUGAAGAAUUAUAUCUUGCUGUAGAGCGAGAGGCAGAAGAAGAAGAAAAAAAAAAUCAUGUUAUGUAUUGUUUGAUUACGAAGCUAUGUUCCACGAUAGCGGUAAGCAUGUUCCUAAUCUGAUUGUGGCUCACAGCGUUUGCAAGAAAUGUUUUUCAAAAAAAGGCUUUUGUAAAAAGGGUGAGUGCGAACAACAUGUGUUCAGAGGAGAGAAGUGUAAUGAAGAUUUUUGCGAAUGGUUGUUAAAUAAAUGGGGGUAGCGAUUUGUCAUAACUUUAAAGCGGGCCAGAUAUUUAAAUCUGAUCAGCGAGGUGGCUAUAGAGCAGAUAUUGAUGUGGGGUUCCAUACCCUUUAUGUAUACUCCGAUAUUGUAUCAGCACAGGUGGAAGGCGAUAGCAUGGUGCCCCUGAUUCGAGUUGUAGAUUUUAGUAAGAGGCAUGAUGGGAAUACUGUAAACAUUUACAAAAACCCCUACUAUCUCCCUGUUGUACGUAAACAAUUUGAUAAUAUACAAAUAGAUAUAAGGCGCGAUAAUGGCGAAUUGGUGCAAUUCAGGCGCGGUAAAACAGUGGUUGUACUCCAUUUUAUGCAAAAAUGAGGGCAAAUUACAAGCCAGAUGUAGGUUGUUGCUGCGAUUACUACAUUGGCCAGGCUGGCGGUAAUGUACCCUUCUAUGCCGGUACAACUAUGCAGCAUUGCGGUGGAGUGGGUGAUAUUUUAAAAGGGUUGUUUCGAUCAGCUGUUCCAAUUUUAAAGUCAGUUGGCAAGAAAGUACUACCCAAAUUAGCAAGUGCUGGCUUGAGAACUGUAAAUGAUAUCAUACUGAAAAAGAAAAAUCUUAAACAAGCGCUGAUGGCCAAUGCCGGUGAGGCGGGGCAGGGCUAACCAGAAAUACAAUAAAAGCAAGAGCCAAUAGCGGUAAAAGGAAGAAGCCAAGAACUGGGACAAGAACUCGAAAAUUAGCUAAGCGCCCGCGGCUGAAGGAGAAUUAUUAAACAAUGGCUUUAGUUCAUGAGAACUCGGCACCAUCCACCAAAAGUGAACUUGAUAUUUUUCAAUUACCGCCCACGUAAAUUGCCGUAGAUUUAACCCAGUGGGUGGAAUUCAGGCCUCUGAAUACACUAACAGAUUGGGGUCCAAUAGAGUUGGUGGUGAAGGAUGAACCUGACAACUAUCUGGACCUCGCCCAUACGCAGUUAUACAUCAAGUUGCGUGUGAUAAAAAAAGACGGUACCAAUUUAACUCAAGAGACUGUAGAUGUCGAUGGUAAUAAGACGGCUGGGUCAAAGGUGGCCCCUGUUAAUCUUUUACUGCAUAGCCUGUUUUCACAGGCUGACGUGUCCUUCAACGACCGCUUGAUCAGCCCGAGUAGCAAUACAUAUCCUUACAGGGGUUACUUAGAGACCUUACUUAGCUACGGCGCCGAGGCCAAAGGAUGAGGCCGGGAAAUUUGACGUUAAUGACCCUUGGGCCGAUGCUCCUAACAGUGGUUUAGUGAAACGUUACAAUAGCAUUAAGGGUAGUAAAACGCUAGAGUUACU